UGUCACUCAACGCUAGAGUAACCAGCAGAAAGCCUUACAUAUAUGCGUCUACAGAGGUCUGGAAGUGGGUAGAAAAGAAAAGCUUUGAUCCGGUCGACGCUGAGUACACCGAUGGCACUUGGACGUACCCUUUGACUGUCACUGUCUUGUUUCGUUCUUGAUGUUUAACAAGAGCAACGUUUGAUAGGAUUCACUGGUGGAGGAUAUCUAUCUACCAAAUAAUCGGACUUAAACCUAAGUUUUGGACGCAGCUACAAUACAACAUUCAGCUACAGAAAACAACGUAAGCAUGAAGUAAGCUUUGACAACGUCCAACGCCUAAGCUUUAGAUUUCAAAUAUAACGUGAACGUUUACUUCCAUUCACUUUUGACGCAGUGUACGCUAGAAUUGAAAGCAGUUAAAGUAACGUCCAUGUACAUGAGCAUUAAAAGCAGUUGAUAAACGUACGUAAACGUUUGGAGUCAUAAAGACAACGUCCAGGUAAACAAGCGUUGGGCCGCAGUCGACGUUCAAUCAAACAUUUCAGAAUUAAGUGAACUGCCAGAUACUAACAAUGCAUUUACCUCUUAAGUACAGUGGACUUAUACUAAUGACAAUCUGUGUAACCGUAAUUGCUAUAAAGGAUGGGCAUAUACGGUUGGUCGGGGGAUCCGACCAUAGGCGAGGCAAUGUACUCAUAUGGCAUGCUCUCCAGUGGGGCAGUGUGUGUGAUGACCGGUGGUCAAUUGAAAACGCCCAUGUCGUGUGCAAACAACUAGGUUUCCCAAGUGCCGUUUCUACAACUGAAUUUGGGCAAUAUGGAAGAGCAAGACGUUUGAUUUGGCUGGACAAUGUUGUGUGUAAAGGAAGUGAGGAUACUCUUGCAAAUUGUACGCAUGACCCUUGGGGUAAACAUGAUUGCGGGAGAGACGAAGCAGCAGGGGUGGUGUGCAAUCGAAAACCCAUAACUACACCAAAGCCCUCUCCGGACCCAUUUAUCGAUUUAAUGCCAGUCUUCAAAGUAGAAUCAUCCGAUGAGGACACAGCCUCCAAUUCUGCUAUCGAAACUGAGGGAUAUGAAAUACGAUUGGCAGGUGGGCGCAAUCCAAAGGAAGGGCGUAUCGAGGUUAAGAUAGACGGAAAAUGGGGCGUCAUCUGUGGGUAUCAAUUUGGUAUGUUGGAAGCAAUGGUCGCAUGCAAGCAGUUAGGUCUAGGAUACGCUAGAGUGCCAAUACAGCAAAGUUUCUUCGGAGGAGAAGACUUAGAUAAGGUCAUCAAUGGUAUCAAGUGUAUGGGGACGGAGUCUAACCUUGCCGAGUGUUUUCAUCUGGAGACACUGCGUUCAGUCGUCUGUCCAAAGAAAGAGUUUAUUGCGGGUGCCAUCUGCACAUCAACCCUCCCUGAUCUCGUUCCCAACGCGACCUUAUUGGAACAGUCAAUGCAUUUACAAGAUAGGUCACUUUACCAUCUACAGUGUUCAAUGGAGGAGAACUGUCUAUCACAGGAUGCAUAUGAUUUAAGAGAAACACAGCCUAGAACUUGGCAUCUUGCGUCUAGACGCCUGCUCAGAUUCUCGAGCGUUAUUCACAACAACGGGACAAGUGAUUUUCAUCCUCAUCUUUCCAAGGAAGAUUGGGAAUGGCAUCUUUGUCACAUGCACUAUCACAGCAUGGACGUUUUUGCACAUUACGACAUCAUGGAUUACCAUGGAAAUCGUGUAGCACAAGGCCAUAAAGCAAGUUUCUGUCUCGAGGAUGUAGAGUGUUACCCAGGAUAUGAGAAGAAAUAUUCGUGUACAAACUUUGGAGACCAAGGUAUUUCUGUGGGCUGUGCAGAUCGUUAUAACCAUGAUAUAGACUGCCAGUGGAUAGAUAUGACUAGUACCCCCGAAGGCAACUACUUAUUCAAGCUAAACGUCAACCCACAAUACCUGGUCGCUGAACUGGAUUAUGACAACAAUGCUGUGUUAUGUAACUUUGACUAUUCCGGACACUCUGUCUCAUUGUAUAACUGUACAAUUGAGCACGGACAGAAAACACUCGUGAAUGGCUAGAGAAGAAACGCCUGCAGUCCAUAUAGCAUGCCUUUUCCACGCAUAUGACAUACGUUACUCCAAGACACAGUCAAAGUUCUGCAUUGGAGAAUGUCAAUGCAUAUGAAAGGAACGACAAAUCGAAUUUGAUUAACCUCUAAAAAGCAUUUAUUUUGUAUAUAUUAUUAGCUAUGUAUGCUGCCAUGUUCAUGUAAUCGAACAUUAAUGAAUUGUCAAUGUUUAAUUUCUAGAUAUAGUAUAGUAUGAUAUAAAGUCCAGAGCAAAUGCAAAUGUACAGCCAUAUUUGAUUUUCAAUAUUUUAGAUACAUAUUGUAGGUAAAGGUAUCAAGACGUUUCACCCC